CCAGAGACAGAGUCAAUUGGUUGUCACGAUUGCGUUUUAACAAGUGAAUUUGAGAAUAAAGUAACUGGACAAAGGGGUCAAGAUGGCAGGAAAUACGUUAACAGAGGCUGGUGCUUCUUAUUCGAAAGCGGUUGGGUUUGUGUAUCUAUUUAAUCUGAUUGUGGGUACAGGAGCACUAACAAUGCCACUGGCUUUCCAGAAUGCUGGAUGGUUGCUGAGUCUGGUCAUCAUUGUAUUGCUGGCAGGAUUCAGCUACAUGACGGUAACGUUUGUACUGGAGACUAUGGCUACAGCCAAUGCUACCCUUUUUCUGCAUAAAAAAGCUGAUAUUGUUUAUAAAAGAACAGAGUCUGUUCGAGCUAACAUUGGAGACUCUGCAGAAAUUGCAUCAGAUGCAGACAUUUUCCAGGAUGAGAGAAGCCCUCUGCUGAAGAGUGAUGAAAAAGAUUACAGAGAUGAUAUAUUUGAUAUCAAAGAGAGGGUGGAGUUGGGGAAACUGGCAGAGCUGUUUUUUAAUAAAUUUGGUGUUAUCUUGUUCUACCUCUGCAUGGUGAUAUAUCUGUAUGGUGAUCUCUCUAUUUAUGCUGUUGCUGUUCCUAAGUCACUCAGGGAUGUUAUAUGUACAUACAAACACAAUGAAAGUGAAAAUGUCUCCUGCUCAAGUUUGAACUUGGUAAACUCAGACCCCUGCUGGGAGAGCUCUAGUCUAGACAGAACAUCUGUUUACAGAAUAAUGGUGGCUGUGUUUGCCAUCACUCUGGGUCCUUUCACUUUCUUCAAUGUCCAGAAAACCAAGUACCUCCAACUUUUUACCACUGUAACAAGGUGGUUAGCAUUCAUGAUCAUGAUUGUAUUAACCAUCAUCAGGCUGGCCAACAAAAAAGGCAAAGGACACCCCGCAGUUGCGGAUUUUGAAGGAAUUCCAAAUUUAUUCGGAGUGUGUGUUUACUCGUUCAUGUGUCAUCACUCACUUCCUUCCCUUGUGACACCAAUCAAAAACAAGAAGAACCUCUUUAUCAUGAUUUUCUUUGACUUUAUUUUAAUUCUAUCGUUUUAUUCCUUAGUUUCCUUUACUGGAGCCUUUGCGUUUCAUGAACCAAAAGAUAUUUAUACUUUAAGUUUUAUCCCUGAUGCGUGUGAUGCUAAAGAACCAAUAACUAAUUCAGCAGUGUUACAAUAUUAUUUAGCUCUCUUCCCUGUUUUUACAUUAAGCACUAGUUUUCCUAUCAUAUCCAUAACACUAAGAAACAAUCUGAAAACUAUGUUUUACAAAGAAGGUCGACCAUUUUCUUGGUUUGUUGACAGAAUUGUCUUCCCCUUAGCAGCCAUUACUCUCCCCUUCAUUAUUGCCUUGGCAACUGAUGAGGUUGAGUUCCUGGUUGGGAUCACAGGGUCAUAUGCCGGAGCAGGAAUCCAGUAUGUCAUUCCAGCUACAUUGGUUUUGAUCUCUAGAAGAGCAGUUAAGUCUGAUCCAUCUGUCUCCACUUUAAACAACAGAUUUACCUCCCCUUUUAAGCAUACUUUCUGGGUCAUUCUAGUAAUUGUAUGGUCUGUUGUUGCUAUGGCUUUUGUAACUGUUAAUCACAUCAUAACUAGGAAAUAAUGAUGUUACUUUUAGGUUUAUUUAGUGCUUAGUUAGUAUUUAUUUCUGAAGUGCUGAUUUUUUUACCACAAGGAAGGCACAUACAUUGCACUGUAUUCAUUUUGUCUAACCAAUUAAAAAGAAUAUUUCUGCAGUCAUUAAUUUUUGUGAUAUUUUGCAGUUCAGUAGGAAGGUGUUACCCUGCUCCUGCAAUGCAAUUUUUAGAUUUUUUUAAAAAAUGUUUCUCUUGGGAGCAUGUUAUAAGUGUCCUAAGUUAUAGAUGAGAUUAUUUUGAAUCAUUCAUGACUUCUUGUUGUUUUAAAACAGUGCAAUAAAUCCUCAUUGCUGUUGAUGUUUAAAUUCUUUUAAAAAUUUUGAUCUGAAUUUUCUAUUGUUGAUUUCAUAUAAAUUGGGUAGUACAUGUACAAACAUUGUCAAUAUUUUCUUUUUACGCAUCAAGAUUUACUUUAUAACUGUAAGGUACAUCUAAGUUUUUGGACUGAUCAUGUCAAUGAGUAUGUAUAAACUUAAAAAAAAUUUAAUUCAAAUGUUUUAAAAAAAAUUUUGUUUUAUGUGCGAUGUUUAUAUAAGAAAUACAUGUAUGAACUUCAUUUUUCUUUUU